AUGACCAAAGGUGGGCAUGAGUCUCAGAUGCAGUCGUGGGUAAUUCAAAACAGCCGAUGCUAUCGCUUUAUUUUUGCUUACUACCAUCAUGUUGUCGCAUACUUGCAAGUAUGCGCUGAGGCAUUUACCCCGCGCGAGCGCAGUCCCAACGAAGCUGGGCGCACGGUAUUUAACCCGGACAUAUCAUUCAACUUAUUUGUUAAGCAAGCUUCAGCACGAUGCACGACAACGACCCAGAAGUUCAAUUUUCCGUAUGCCUAUACGAAUUUUGGUCUAACAUCUGUCACCCAGAUCCUCGAGAGAGAGAAAUACCGAAAUCUCUCGAAGACACAGCACAGGACAUCCACACCCCUCGACAAUGCACCCGGAUGGAAUGAACACCUUGCGACCGCUUCCGAGGCUUCUGUGAAGGCCGACCGUUCUGAAUUCGGUCGAUCUGAUUUCAGCCCCGCGGACCUUCAGAAGCGUACAGUUGAGUACUUGACAUCACGCAACUCGCCGGAGGAACGAGUGGAACCAACCUUUGCUUUGUAUACCCGGGACGAAGUCCAAGGUCCUUUGUCAAGCGCUCAGGGGUUCGAGGAUCAAGACGACCACGCCGAAGAGGUCGUGAAACAAACUGUUCGCCAAGAAACUACCGAAGUCCUCAAGAAGGUCGAUCCUACUAUUAGCAAAAAAUCUGUGAAAGCCGACGAGAGAGAUUUGAGUGGAUGA